UCAACUUGAUUUUUAGUUCAAGGUUUUUUAUUUAAUUUUCACGAGUCCGGGUGUUUGUAGUCUAAUUUCAUCUUAAUGAAAUAUGCAUUUCUGAUUAAACAAAUUGUAAAAAAUGGGGCCCAUCCAUUGAUGAUACCCGAGUGUCUGUCUCUCUCUCUGAUUGGGAUUCCUUCAAAUUCCAAAAACAGACACUUUCUUCUUCAACUUCCCUUGCUCUUUAAUUUUAUAUCGUUAAUCGAUAUUACAGACUAAGAGACUUUCAAUUUCUUUCUCUGUUUUGCUCGUCCACUGUUUCUAAGUAAUGGCUGGAAAAGUUGUUGCUGCUCAACCCCAUCCACCUUUUGAGUAUGAGCUUUUUGAAGGUGAUUCUGAACACCUUAUAACUGCUGUAGCCUCAUCAAACCACUCAACUCCUUGGAUUGACCCGGCAAAAUUGAAACUCAGACACAGAAUUGGGAGGGGUCCUUUCGGUGAUCUCUGGUUAGCCACUCAUCACCAAAUGACCGAAGACUAUGAUGAGUACCAUGAAGUGGCUGUCAAGAUGUUACAACCAGUGCAGGAGGAAAAUGUAAAGGCUUUGUUGGAUAAGUUUGACAAUUUAUUUUUGAAGUGUAGAGGAAUAGAUGGUGUGUGUUUUCUGUAUGGAUUUUCAAUUAUAACAGGCAAGAUAUGCAUUGUUAUGAAGUUCUAUGAGGGAUCAAUUGGUGACAAAAUGGCUCGCAUUAAAGGAGGGAAGCUAUCAUUAGCUGAUGUUUUGAGGUAUGGGAUUCAGUUGGCUCAGGGAAUUUUAGAAUUGCAUGCGAAAGGAAUCCGAGUUCUUAACCUUAAACCUUCCAAUUUCCUUCUUGACAAAAAUGGUCAAGCAAUUCUUGGAGAAGUUGGUAUUCCUUACCUACUGCUUGGAAUUCCAUUGCCAAGCCCAGAUGUGUCUCCCAAGCUUGGAACCCCAAACUAUAUGGCUCCAGAACAAUGGCAGCCCGAAGUAAGGGGUCCAUUAUCCUUGGAGGCUGACUCAUGGGGAUUUGCAUGCAGCAUUCUGGAGAUUUUGACUGGUGUUCAGCCUUGGUGUGGGAGAGGAGUUGAAGAAAUUUAUGACUCAGUUGUUAGGAAACAAGAGAAACCACUCAUUCCAGAAGGCCUCCCUCCUUCAGUUGAAAAUGUCCUUCAUGGUUGUUUUGACUAUGACUUCAGAAAUCGACCCUUGAUGACAGACAUUUUACAUGUUUUUAAAAGCUCGCAUAAUGCAAUUUAUUGUGAUGGAGGCUGGACAGGACUUGGGAGUGUAACAACCUCCGACAAAUCAAGCGGCAAUGGUUAUUCGGAGUGGUUUCUUUUGAAGGAUCAUCUGCAAGUGGGAGACAUGGUGCGGUCCAGAAAGCCGCCAAAUGCAUGCAAGUCGAAAAAUAUGGAUGUCCCAGAAGCGAUAGUAGUGGGCCUAGAACGUGAUACAGAUCAAGAUGGUUUUGUUUUGGUGAGAAUACACGGUAUCCAUGACCCAUUAAGAGUUCCCAUUUCAACUCUGGAGCGGGUCACUUUUGGCUUGGCAGCUGGUGAUUGGGUACGCUUGAAGGAGGAUGACAAAAAGCACUCACCAGUGGGUUUGCUUCAUUCCAUCGAUCGUGAUGGAAGUGUGGCUGUCGGAUUUAUAGGAUUGGAAACCUUUUGGAAAGGCGAUUCUUCUGAACUUCAGAUGGCAGAAUCCUUUUUUGUGGGUCAAUUUGUUAGGUUGAAAGCUAAUGUUCUCAGCCCUCGUUUUGAAUGGCCUCGUAAGAGGCUAGGGGCCUGGGCAACCGGGAAGAUUUGGCAGAUUCUACCAAAUGGAUGCCUCAUUGUCAAGUUCCCAGGAAGAUUAACUUUUGGAGAUGAAUGUAGCACUUCCUUGGCUGAUCCAGCUGAAGUGGAAGUAGUUUCUUUCAAAACUUGCCCUGGAAUGGUUAAAAAAUAUCAACAUCUUGAAGACUUUCACUGGGGUGUAAGACCACUUCUGAUUGCAGUGGGCGUCUUCACUGCUAUAAAAGUAGGAGUUUUAGCGGGGAAGAAAAUGGGAAGGUCGAAAGCGAAGAAGCUACAUAGCAGCGUGCCGCUAAAUGAUGGUCAACGUGUGGAUGGCCAGAGUAGUGGCAAUAGCAGCAACCAAGUAUGGUUUCCGCCAUCUGUGGCAAAUAUCCUCGGUGUUAGCGCUGGUUCUGCCCGGUAAUUAAGCUUCCUUGCAAGUUUCUAUCUGGUAGCUAAUUAUGCUAAUGUAAGGCAUUUGGCUAACUGUUUCUGCUAAAUUGUGGUGGGAGCUGGUUCUACACUUAAAUUAGUCCUUCACAUUCUGCAUGCUUGGCAGUUGACAAGUAUAGUGUGGAGUUACUUGUAUGUAUGUGCAUAGCCUUUGCUUUUAAAUAUAUGAAUCUAUUUCACUCAA